AUGGCGACCUCUGUGCAAACACCCACGAACGCCGACCAGCAGGUCGACCUCUCCACCAUUCCCAUCUCCCCCGAUGGUGGUGAAAAGUCCGAGAUCAAGGAGACCGACGCCGAGAAGCCCGUUACCGUCUUCCACGACAAGGAGAACUUCAAUGUCAAGCACCCUUUGCAGAACAAGUGGACUCUCUGGUUCACCAAGCCCCCCAGUGGCAAGGGUGAUAACUGGAACGACCUCCUGAAGGAGGUUAUCACUUUCAACUCUGUUGAGGAGUUCUGGGGCGUAUAUAACAACAUCGCUCCUGUCUCCGAACUGGCGCUCAAGUCCGACUACCACCUCUUCAAGGCUGGCGUUCGCCCCGAGUGGGAGGAUGCCCAGAACAAGCAUGGUGGCAAGUGGUCCUACCAGUUCAAGGAGAAGCGCAGCGUCCCCAUUGAUGACCUCUGGCUCCACGUCAUGUUGGCCGCUAUCGGCGAAACUCUCGAGGGCGAGGAUGACGGAGAAGUCAUGGGCGUCGUUGUCAACGUUCGCAAGGCUUUCUUCCGUAUUGGUGUCUGGACUCGUACCAUCGGAAAGAGCAUUCCUGGUCGUGGUGACGGUGAUGUGGCUGGUGGCAAGGGCCGCUCUCAGGAUAAGGGCCGUGACAUUCUUUUGAACAUCGGCAAGCGCUUCAAGGACAUCCUGAACCUACCGCCCAAUGAGGUCGUCGAGUUCUCUGGCCACACCGACAGUGCGCACAGUGGAAGUAGCCGUGCGAAGGCCAAGCACACCGUCUAA